GACGCCUACCAGUACCAGCACGUUUUCGCCCCGCUGGUGAAGAUGGAGGCAGACUACGACAAGAAGCUGAAGGAGAGCCAAUCUCAGGAGAACGUCGUGGUGCGCUGGGAUGUCGGUCUCAACAAGAAGCGCAUUGCAUACUUCCACUUCACCAAGGAAGACACCGAAGCACGCUUGGCUCCUGGUGACGAGCUCCGCCUGCGCCUGAACUCCUCUGCCUAUGCCGAUCUCUCCGGUUCGGACGAG